AUGCCGCUGCUCCCUUGGCACCACCGCCGCGCGCCCCCGCGCCGCGGAGUCGGACGGCGUCGACCGCUCCGUGGCGGCGUCGCCGACCUCGCCUCGUGUCUCGCGGGGUGCCUCCUCCUCCUCCUCGUCGUCGCGGCCGCGGCGGUGCUCUGCCUCUCCUCCCCGUCCUCCCGCGCGCGCUCCCGUGGCCACCACGAGGAUGGUGGCAGCCGCGGGUGCGGGAUCGUGCCCGGCGGCAGCGGAGCGACGACACCGAGGGUCACGAUCUUCUCUGCGCCGCGCCCGCCGCCGGAGGGCUCGCCAGCGCGGCAGGAGCUGGCGGUGCGCUCCUGGCUGGCGCUCCCGGGGAACGUCAGUGUCGUGCUCCUAGGCGCCGGCCCCGAGGCCGUCGCGCUCGCCGCGCGGCUCGGGCACCGGGUCACCGUCGAUGCCGCCAUUGAUUUUGCGUACGCACUCACAAGACCCUUUACCUUAUCAUCAUCUUUUACGUUCACGGGGACGCCAUUCUUCCACUCGAUGGUCGCAAGAGCACAAGCUGCCACCGACACCGACAUUUGCGUUCUUUUCGACGCUGAGAUCGUCCUUCUUCCCGAAAUUAUCAACGUAUUGGCUCGUUUCAGCAAGGUUGAUGCUGAUUGGUUCCUUGUUUCUCUGUCACGUAACGUCACCGAUUUCCAUUACCAGCUCGCUGACAAUGGAAGCCAUUGGGUACAAGCAGAUGGCAAAGAAGCGAGCUUCAAGAAGUUGCAGGAGAUUCCAGCUGACAAGUGGGCAUCAGAGAGCUAUGACAGAGGGCUGAUUGUGGCUUGGAACAAUCCAAGCAGUACUUUACAUGCAGGAGUUCUGCCUUCUUUUCUCUAUGGAAGAGGAGUACACAAUCGGUGGCUGGCUCACGAGGUUCUAUCGUCUGAGAUGAGGCUUUUCUUUGAUGCAAGCAGUCUGGUUCUUGGAAGUCUUAGCUCCAUGCAUGAGCUGACCUCGAGUAAGAUUGGCAGAUUACCUUCUGGAUCCUGGGAGUACAGCGUCAAUCGUCAUCUUGCUGCGAUUUAUGGCUCGUAUUGCUGUCAAGUACCAGCAAGACACUUUCCUAUGCUACAUAAAGUGGUAAAGCAAUCUGAAGAUUAUAUGCUCAGCAAAGUUGACGAGCUUUCAUUAUCAGAUUUUUUCAUCACUAAAGAAGGAAAUGCCCAUGGAGGAAAUAACCUAUGGAAGAUACAAAACAUUUCUUUAUCUGGAUAUCUACAGAGCUAUUCUUCUGAGACCUCAGCACCUGAGCUUCCAUAUUAUUUGGGUAUGCUACUUGAGCUUGUCGCUGAUAAGAAUAGGUCCGUUGUCCUUGGUGUGGCUGGAGCAAGUUACAGGGACAUGCUCAUGAGUUGGGCGUGCCGCUUGCAUCAUCUUAGAGUUACCAAUUUUAUAGUAUGUGCCUUAGACCAUGAGACAUAUGAAUUCUCAAUUUUACAGGGUUUGCCUGUUUUCAUAGAUCCAUUAUCACCAAAGAAUGUCAGCAUUGAUGACUGCCACUUUGGAACAAAGUGUUUUCAACAAGUGACAAAAGUGAAAUCACGGAUUGUUUUGGAGAUAUUAAGACUGGGAUACAAUGUGCUGUUGAGCGAUGUUGAUGUUUAUUGGUUUGACAAUCCAGUGCCAUUACUGUACUCUCUUGGUCCUGCUACAUUUGGAGCACAAUCUGAUGAAUACAAUGAGACAGGACCAAUAAAUUUGCCACGCCGAUUGAAUUCAGGAUUUUACUUUGCUCGCUCAGACAACGCCACCAUCACUGCAAUGGAGAUGAUAGUAGAACAUGCAACCAAUUCAGGCUUAUCUGAGCAACCGAGUUUCUAUGAUGUCUUGUGUGGGGAAAACGGAACAAACCGCAUCAGCAACGACAAAUGCUUGGAGCCCAACACAAACCUGACUGUUGUGUUCCUGAACCAGGACUUGUUCCCUAAUGGUGCUUACAAGGGUCUAUGGGAGAAGCAUGAUGUACGGGCAACUUGCAAAGAGCUUGGCUGUUUCAUCAUUCACAACAAUUGGAUAAAUAAGAGGAAAAAUAAGCUCCACCGACAAAUGUCAUCUGGGCUGUGGGACUACGAUCCUAGCUCUAGGCAGUGCUUGAAGGAAUGGAGUGAUAGAAGUAUCUUCAGAAUGAUCGGGCAAUUCCAUCUGUUUGAGGACACUAACAGUUAG